AUGAAGUUCGGCAAGUACCUGGCUGCUAGACAGCUAGAGCUCCCCGAAUACGCGGGACAUUUCAUCAACUACAAAGCAUUGAAGAAAUUGAUCAAUGCGCUUGCUGCUACUGACCCUUCAAACCAGAAAAAUGAGCUCUCAUUGCAGGACAAAAAAGGAUCCUUCUUUUUCAGACUGGAGCGUGAACUAGAGAAGGUCAACGAGUUCUAUCUGGAAAAAGAGGCCGAGCUCAAGAUCAGAAUGGACAUCCUGACUCAGAAAAAGACAAAUGCUCUAAUUGAGGGAAGACUUGAGAACUCGAAAAACUCAAUUGCCUACACUUCGUUGUACGAUGGCUUCAAGAAGUUUUCCAAGGACCUAGAUAGACUGGAGCAGUUUGUGGAACUGAACGAGAUUGGUUUCACCAAGGUUCUGAAGAAAUGGGACAAGAGAUCCAAGUCCAAGACAAAGGAGGUGUAUCUUUCCACAGCAGUGAAUGUUCAGCCGGUUUUCCACCGCAAUGAGAUUAUCGAGCUGAGCGAUAUGAUUGCAAAUAACUUAAUGGAACUGGAAGCAAAAGCCGAAGGCGAUGUCUUGGUUAGGUACGAGAAGGACGACUUGAGGAAAAAGCUCAAUUCUUCCAAAUCGUCAAUUGACGACGAAAAAUCCGUUCCUUUGACGAACGAUAGAGAGACUGACGAAUUGCAUACCGAGUUUGUGGCUUUGGCUACUGCCUCUACGGUACCCUCCUUUACCACCGGCGUGAUAUCUCCACAGUCUAAUAAGAAGCUAUUGGACGAGUGGAUUCAGCAGGUCAGACAGAAGACUAAAAACGAUCUUUCGGCAAAGAUUUCAAAGAUUUUCCUGCUAUCAACCUCAAACCCUGCGAUUUCAGACGACAUCCUCAAGGAUUUCUACACGCAGUUUAAACAGGAGAUUAACAUCAAGCUGGUGGACGACUUGUCCGGAAGAACGUGUUUGCACGAGGCUUCGUGUUUUGAGGACGGCACUGUAAGGUCCUUCUUAGUGGACAUAUGUCUGGAACAGGGUGUUGACCCUUUGAUCAAAGACAUCUCUGGAAGAACAUGUCUUCAUUAUGCUGCCGAAAUGGGAAGAGAUGACAUACUUGAAAAGCUCAUAGUGAACAUCAACUCGCCAGAGUUGUUUGAUAUCAUGGAUAACGACUCGAUGACGCCGUUGCUGCUUGCUAUUCUGAAGAACCACGUUUCUUCGAUCAAGAUCUUGGUCGAUCACGGAGUGAACGCCUUUCCUCUACAGAACGAUCUCAAGCCACUGUAUCUUCCGCUCAAUGUGGCAUGCAGACUGGGAAACGUGGAAGUUGUGAAAUUGCUGUUAUCCAAAGCUGGCUCGCCAGACCAGAUCACCUCGUCCCAGCUGCUGACCCAAAGUUUUCAGGCAAAUGCCGAGGGAUUGCUUCCAUUGCACAUUGUUGCCAGUGGAGGUCAUUGUGACCUGAUUCCGGGACUGCUACAAUAUGGUGCGGACAUAAACCAGCUCGAUAAGCUGAAUAAAUGGUCGCCCAUAUUCUACUGUGCCAAACAAGGUUAUCCAGAGGCAACUGCAAAACUAAUCGAACAUGGUGCUGAUUUCGACAUUAAGGAUGAAGACGGGUUCACCCCGCUGUACUAUGCCAUCUGGGAAGGAAAUAUUGACGUUGUUAACGUUCUUAAUGAUGCUAUAAACAAGUCUAAGAGGGAAUCGAAGGCCCAAAAGGCGGCACAGAAGGCGGCACAGGGCCUACAGACUGAGCAGUUUGUCGCUCCUCCUGCCCCGAGAAUGGCUUUCAACGACAGCAUUGUUUCUCCAAUCCUGUCAUUAAAGGACCCGCUUACCCCCAUUCCUUCUUCACUGGGACCUGCUCUGGGACCAGGUCUCGACAUGACCAACGUGGACAUGAUCCCAGAUCUUUCCCUACCUCCUCCCAUCAUUCCACUACGGAAAUAUGGCCACAAUUUCCUGGAGAAGAAGAUAUUCCUCAAAUUGAACUUCUACACUAAUAGGGACUCCAUCAGACUGCAUUCGGACCAUUUCUUCUCGUCUGUUCCGGGCCGUUUGACCAUUACCUGUGACAAAAACGACCUGAUUCCAAGAAACCUUUUACUUCCUGUCCUGGACAGCAGCAAGAUGAUCACAUUCCAAAUUGACUCAUUUGACGAUUUUGCCAUUGACUUUGAGCUCUUCCCAAGUUUUGGAACGAGACUUGUGGCCAAGGCAACGCUCCUGGCAGACUCGUUCAGCAACGUGUUUCCCGGUGUUGGAUCUAAGCUCAAUGGUGAUGUAACUUUGGCGUUGUUUGAUGUCAGGCUGAGAAACAUAGGUUCUCUCAAGUUUAACUACGAGAUCGUUUACCCUUACUCUGGAAUUCCACUUGAGAUCUCCAUCUAUGAUACCUAUUGGAAAUCAACCAAUAACAACAAAAUGAUCUCCGAGGGCCCCAACUCCAACGUCACCGACAAUACGGUGACUCUGAAGUCCACAUACAUGUCAUUCGUGACCGCGUCGUCGCUUUCGGGCCAGUAUUUCAAGGUACAUGUUUGCUUGCUGGCUGAUUGCACGCCUAUCGUAUGCCCCAGUUGGACUGUGGACAUUGGCCAUAACACAAGAUUACCGGUUGGGAACUUUUUGUGGUCUCAAUUGCAAAGUAUAGUGAAAGAUGGCACACACAGCAGGCAAUCUCCUUCGUUAGAUCAGUUGGUUCAGGCCCUUUCCCAGAUCAAUAAUCUCAGCUACGAAUCAGAAAAGCUGGAAACAAUUCUGCAACAUCUCUACCUUCCUCUUGACCAAUUUCUGGAACUUCUGUCCAUAGAUAUCUCGCUUGACCUGGACAUAACCUAUCCAUCUCUGUUUGAGAUGGAAUACUGCGGAGCGCAGGUCUAUGCUCCUGGAUUCAGUUUUGGAGCUACGUCCCAUUCUGAAAACAAGAAGGUGCCCACCACAACCAACAACAAAUUGAACUACUUUGUGGAUAUACUGUUGAAGAAUGUUUUUGAUCAUGUGAGAGCCAUCCGGAACAGAAAACAGGAAGGUGCUACCCGUUCGAUCAUUUUCUCCUCCAACAACUCGGCUGUUUGUACGAUCUUGAACUGGAAGCAGCCGAACUAUCCUGUUUUUUACAGCUUAAACGGAGCCACUUUGGACUCCAAGCUUGGAAAGUUCAAAGCGACCACCGCCAACGGAUUCGAUCUGGAUCCGACAAUUCUAGAGGAGCUGGAAAAUGAAACGUGCAGGUCACACACCGUCCACAACCACAAGAACCCCACCACUACAAACACAGCAAAUAUUCAGCAUCGUCUGAUGAAUACUCAUCAGUCGGUGACCAUUGACAAUAUUGACAGCAUCAACAAGGAUUCAAACUCGUACGGAAACGAGAUGGUUUACCAGGACAGAAUGACGAGGUCGAUAAAACUGGCAAUAAGCUUCGCUUGCUCGAACAACCUGUUGGGAAUCAUUGUUCCUAGCAAGUUGCUGCAGAUGUGCCCUGAGCUGGUGAAGUCUAUAAGAUCACGGGGGUUGAUCCUGGUGGCAUCAAAAACAGCCUUUGGUGUUGAAGAAGACAUUUCUUCGGAAUCGAACGAAUCCAGAGACCCGGACGAUAUGGAUGAGGACGAUCCAUUUGAUGAGCAUGAUGUGAAUGGCUUAAGGUUCAACCGAAUCCUGAGUUUCAAGGAUGCGAUUGAUAUGUGA